GCUAGGGGGUUUGUCCGGGAGAGAGCAUGGCCGCAGGAGCCGGAGCGCUGCACACUUUUAGUUCGCUUCCUCCACAGUGAUAACACCGCUUUCUCGUGCGCUCUCGGUGAUGCUGCGGAGCCGCGCGCCAGGGAACAUUUAACCCGGAGAUUCCAUAAUUGUGUGUGUGUGUGUGUGUGUUUACGAGAAAGGGUUUAAUUUACUGCGUGCGUUGUUGCUCGGCACAACAGAAGCGCUCGUGCUGCUGAGGGUUCAGCCGGAGCUGAAGCUUUAAGUCUUCUUUCUUCUUCUUUUUUUUUUUUUUUGGGGGGGAGCGCUUCUUGGUUCAUUCCCAGCGAACAGGAGGAGAGACUCUGAAAGCUGGAGAGCUUGUGCUACGGCACAAGGACUGCGUUUCUGCUCUCUUUAUCUUUGUAUUGUGGGGAAUUCAUUCUCUGGUUUUUAGUAGAUAUUUUCCCACUGCGUAUAGCUCCUCUCUGGGAAAUCCAAGGCGAGUUGGAGAAAGUGUUCGCUGCGCGGCGCGGAGUUGAGCCGGAGGAAGAUUGUUCAGGCAGAAAUAUUGUGGAUUUCCAGCGACUAUAUUCACUACUUGAAAUAUCCUAGAACUGUUUUUUUUUUUGGAGGAGUGAGCGUUUUGGUGCAAAGUCGUUGACCUGACUGACAAACCGAGGACUGAGCAAGAAACGAAAGAGAGAUAUUUCUUAGUUCUUAAACACCGAGGAGGGAGCUUCUACAUCUGUGCGGGAAUAAAACGCUUCAAGUGGACAUUUCACCAAACACUUCCAGCAGAAUCCUUAAAAAGCCGAACCAGAGGAGAGAAAGAGAGAGAGAGAUAGAUAGCGAGAGAGACAGACAGACGGGCUGGAAUCAACCUUGGCUUCCCCGGAGUUCCAGAGCCAAUAUGCCGCAGGUGGAAAUGAUCCUCCUCUUCCUCACACUCAUCUUUGCGAUGUGUGUGUACGGCCAGGACCCGGCUUCCAAGGUGGUGACGGACCGCUACGCCGUGUACUGGAACCGCACCAACCCAAAGUUUUACCGGGGUGAUUACCACAUCGACGUCUGCAUCAACGACUACCUUGAUGUCUACUGUCCGCACUACAUCGGCCCGGUGUCUGACGAGCGGGCCGAGCGAUACGUCCUCUACAUGGUGAACUACGACGGCUAUAGCUCCUGCGACCACACCGCCAAGGGCUUCAAACGCUGGGAGUGCAACAGGCCUCUGUCGCCCAACGGACCGCUGAAGUUCUCCGAGAAGUUCCAGCUCUUUACUCCCUUCUCCUUAGGCUUUGAGUUUCGCCCUGGCAGAGAGUAUUAUUAUAUCUCCUCCAUCACUGACGACAAGGGAAGAAGAAGCUGCCUUCGACUCAAAAUCUUCGUCAGGCCUCAGAACAAUUGUGUGAAAAACUCUGGGACCGUGCAGGAAGGGGUUGAUUUCGAAGACAACAAUCACAACUCUCUAGAACCCAGAGACGGCAUCGGUCAUGAGUCGCCAGAGCCGGCGAGAAGGGAUGUGAACUCAGUUGGUCGGCGCCAGACUUCCGUCCUGCUGCUGAGCUCCGCCCUCAUACUCCUGGCUGCCAUCAUGUCUUUAUAGCGCCCAGCCUGAGGAAUCCCCCAGGAAUGGACUGUCCUUAUUGGACCAUAGGCCGCCCUACCCUGCAACCCCUCCCCUCAAGGAGCACUUUUAAAAAAAAAAAAAAAAGAAGAAGAAAAACACUGACAUCUCUCUAGGUGAAACGAGAGAGGAAGGGACUUCGACGCUGAAGCCUUUUGUUGUUUUUUGACUUGCCAACAUUGAGUGGUUCUUGACUUUCUGGUGGGUGCUGAUGGACAAGGCGCCCCGAGGUGAAGGAGGCCUAGUCUCUUACUUUUCCGCCUCGCUGCCGUCCACAGUAUGCAGAUUUUUUUCUUUGUGUUAAAGACAAGCACACAUACAUGCUUACAGACAUAUACACACACACAGAACACAGACGACACAAUCAGUACACUCUUUAGCUUGAAUGGUAAAGAAGCACAGCAGGAUCCCGCAAACGUUUACAGACUUUUAACAUUUGAUUUGUGUUCAGGAAAACCUCACCUAACCCCUUGACAUAUAACAUGAUUAAAUCUCACAUCAAAGUGGAAGAGGUUUCGAAGAAGAUCCGGGAGCGAAGCAUCGCACACAGGCCAACGGAAAGGAAAAGAAGAAAGAUGUUGUUGCUAGGAGACUGUUGCCAAAGGUGUGGGGGUGUACAGGGUGGGCCUUUGAUGACUUAACCUUCCUCUCAGGUUAAAAAGGAGUCGGAUGUCAGACUGCAGAGGACCCAUGUUGAGAGUGAAAGAAGAAAAUUUAAAGAAUCACUCAUCUUUUAGUGUUGGGAUAGAGCCGAUUUAAUGAUCGGUUAAUGUGUUUUUCGUUUUUUUAAUAAUCACCUAAUUCAAUUGUAGCAGCCAUCACGGGUGUACAGUAAAAUAUUCGAACGGAGCGUAGAAGUGGAUAUGGUAUUUUGCCAGGCAAAAUGUAUUUUCCUAUUUAUUGUGAAGUCCUCGUGCUUUCUUUCUGUUCUGGUUUUAGUCUGCAAGUACAAACAGUAGAAAAGGCAAUAAAAACAACUACCCUUACCCAUUAAGUUAGUUCACAUAUUACAACAUUUUUGGAUACAAUCAUACAAAAAAACACUGAGUACAGUUUAUGUAUCUGUUUGCUGAUGAUGGUCUUUUAAAUGUUUUUAACAAAGUCCAGGAAGAAGAAAAAAAAAAAAAAAAGUCUGAUGUGCUAUCAGGGUGUAGAAAUCGUAGAAUGUUUGUGUUUGGAUUUUGUCAUUAAAAAUGUCACAAAUGUAGUUUUACUAUUA